AUGGCCCGCACAGCGAGGUCAUCUGCCGCGACGUCUGCCACGCCCUCCACUCCCGCCACCACGCCACCCGCUCCACGAUCGACGUCCACAGCCUCUGCUGGGGUCGCCGUCGGCGCUGCCGCUGGUCCCAGCGGAGCAGCAGUGACGUCGUCCACUCCCACCGUCGGCACAGCAGGGCCAUCGCGGCCAACUCGCACCUCAGCCCGGUCACGACGAUCUGUGGGAGGCGCAGUUCCGUCACCACCCUCGAGUGCCGGUCCUUUGACACCAGCAGAUCCAAAUCCGCCGUCGACACCUCUAGGCUCGGGAUCUGUCCCCAAGACCCUUGUCGCCCCCAAGGUUCAUGGUCUGCGCAACGCACACACUGCACGCGAACGUGUUCCAUGCCCCUUCCCGGCCGACUUUGGUGGACAACAGCAAUGCGGCGUGUCGGACGAGGACCUCGCUGACGACGUUCUCAUGGCUAUCUGUGGAGCCUGUGCAACACUUGGAAAUAUCGCGCUCUCACCCGACGAACUCGCGAACGUCGCGUUUGAAAACGGUUGGCUACGCCCGCCGUCAGUGGCGGUCGCCCCUGGAACGAUGAUCCAAGGCGCUAUCCGGACGCACCAGUCGCGAUGCUCCAAGGCAUCGCCCGCUCGCAAACCGCUGCUCGUCAAGUAUCAACUUUCGGGAUCGAUGGCCGAGGCCGUGCUCGAACCUGCCCUUCACCCCCAGGCAUUCCAAGGUCCCUCAAGACCAAAAGGUCCUGUCUGGUACCUGUCUUCUGAUGCGGGGCGAGUCAAGUGGCGCAACCCCUUCGCUGGCAUUGUUGUUCCCAAGGCUCCCGUUCGCAAGCCCGCAGCUCCUAGGCAACGCUCAAUCAAGCCGGCUCCGUCCAAGGAGUCUUCAAGCACUCCACGGGGUCGGCCCAAGAAGGAUCGCAGCGCUACUCCAUCUUCAUCGGCAGACACAUCAUCCUCGCAACCUCCUCCAAGGAUAAAGUUGCGCCUGUCAGCAGCAGGUGGUGAUGCUGCAUCGCAGCAAGGCGAGGAAAGUGAUGGUCCAUUCGCACCGAGCGUAAUGUCGCGAGACGUAUCCCGCAGCCAGACCGUCGACUCUUCCGCAAUCCCGUGUUCUACUCCACCCACAUCUCCGCCACCGCAGCGUCGUCGCCAACAGAAGAGCGUCUUCGACUCGUCAGAUUCCGAGUCGUCUUCUGAUGACGAGGCGGCACCGAAGGCUCGUCCAUCUCAGCGUCGCCUCGUUCUUCCCACCUUCCCUCCACUGGCUGCUGGCCAGCAGCGUUACGUGCAGCGGCCGCGCAUGUCGCCACUGGGAGAGUUGUUCUCACCCAUUCCAACCCCCUCACAACCGCUGCACCCUCUCCCUGCGCACUCGCCCUUCCCGUGUCAUUCUUUGGACAACACUGUCUGGGGUGCUAGAAGAAGCAUUGACGACGAACCAAUCGGCUUCGACACGAGCUCGAGCGAGGAUGAGGACAUGCGCGACCCUGAAUGGGGCACUGGAUCAGGCGUCAUUGUAAGGGCCGAGGACGAGGAGAUCGAUGCCGAGCUUCCAGAGGGAAUCAAGCUGCUCGAGGUUGAGGCAAAGGUUGCUGCCACCACAAGCGCCAUGUCCAAGCUGUUCUCGCUUGACGAGACGACCCCUCCUACCGCGAUUGUCUACAAUCAGCUCGACAACGUUCCCGCCUCCGACAUCUCUAGUCAGACCGACUCGUCUACUGUUACCGUCAAUCUCACUUUCCAAGGCAAGCUCAAGUCAGCAACCUGUGCAAAUGCUCUCCCUGCAUGGUCUACGUCUAGUCCUGUGCAUUCACCCAGCAUGGCCGGCCGCUCCUUGCCUGCGUUUGUCGAAACAUCCCCCACGUCGUUCUUCAGAACUGCAAGAGACUGGGAGAGCCGAACCAUGGCCAUGGACGUGGACAUGGAUCACAACGAGCCCUGGCUCGACGAGUCCGGCCAACUUCCUGUGCAUGCUGAAGAGACUUUCUCGGAUCUCGAAGUCGGCUCAACUGUCGGUGACAUCUCGACGCCUGAGCGAGAUCGCGCUCUGCAUACAGCUGAGUGGGCUCAGACGACGUCUGCCCUCAGUAUGAAUAUCAAGCAAGAGCCCGAGGAUUACUAUCCGUCUCCGGCCGCAACCUCAGAGCACUCGUCUAUUUUGUCCGAGCCAUCGCGCGAAUCAAGCGUGUCAACUGCGUCGUCUCCCCUGUCUGAGCUCCCUGAUCUCGAUUCGGACGACAACGACGACGACUACGGACAAGAAGUGCUGAUCGGUCCCGAGAGCGUGCACAUGGACGAGCUCGACAGCUGGCUCCCUGGAGCGUCAAAGUCGCACGCCACUCCCGGUCGCGGGCGAGGGCGCACUCGGCAAGAUCCUUCUCGUAGCAGCUGGGGUGGUAUCGGAGUAAACAAUCCGUUUGUUCCAUGCCCCACCACCGUCGGCAAGCUGGUUCCCCCACCGCUGGUGCGCAAGAGGAGCCAGCGUUCGAGCUCCCGAAGAAACCGAUCAACGCCUCGCAAGGCCGAACGCAUCACGCCGGCUCCGAGUCCAACCGAGGCCAUCGUAGUCAACGUGAGCCCGAAGGCCGCUCCUACCGAGGUACAGGAGUCGUCUUCUGGGGAAGAUAUGGAGCUUGAGGAGGCGAUCGGUACAGCUGAGCUGGAGAAGGCGGCCGCCGAGGCCCUCGCAAGAGAAGAGGAGUUGAGACGCGCUCGCAAACAGCGCGAGUGGGACGAGUGUUUGCGCACCUUCGCAAAUGCAUGCCCGACAGCGUCGCCAUCAACCGACUCGGGCAACACUUCGCCAGGCGAGGCAACGCCCUCAAUUAGCUCGAGCGCGGGUCCCAGCUCGCAGCCGACGCCGUGGCCCGAGAUGUCUCCGCACUGGGGCUCGACCGACGAUAUCAACAGCAUGGUUCCUCAUCCAACCACCUUGUCGCCGCUCGCGCUGCAGAUGACCCCGAUCGUGCCACCAGCAGACAUUGCAAUGAUGGCGAUGCUCUCCAAGACGGACCCUGACGCGAUGGCUAUCGAUUUGUCGGCAGAGGACCUGGAGGAGCUCGCCGCCCAGCUGCCGCCCGCCGGUCCUCCGCCGCUGCCUGCUGCGCCUACCCCUGUGGGCGCUCCUCAGCCGCUGGCGAAGGAUCAACGCUCGCCACCUAAGAAGGUCCUGAACAUUGCGCCCAGACCUCCUGGCAUACCUGGUGCACUGAAGCCUCUCAAGCCCAAGCCCACGUUGGACGUGGAGAAGGAGAGGACGGACAAGACGGAGAAGGCGGAGAAGGCGCCCGAGAAGCCCAAGCCAGUGAAGCAGAAGUCGGGGUCCGUACCGAAGUCGACACCUGUUGCGGCAGCACCUGCACCUGCACCAACCGUAGUUCCCGCACCGGUCCUGGCCCCUGCGCCUACCUCUGCGGCCGCGCCUCUGACUUCUCCUGUCGUUCAAGACAAGCCUCCUGCAAACCCCUCCCCUGCCUCAACUCACGCAACUGUCCCUCAGCCCGCUCCAGCCCCAGCGGCGGCUCCUGCGCCAUUGCAGGCCCCGACCCCAGUUCCGACGCACAUCACCCAGGCAACCCCUCCUGUACAGGCAGUUGCAAAACCCGCGCCCGCUGUGGUAACUGUGCCUUCCCCGGCGCCCUCCCCCGCGGUUGCUCCGAGUCCGGCUCCGCCUCAGCCCAUGCCACAAGGCCCCUCGCAAGCACCAUCGCAAGCACCGUCGCAAGGCCCGUCCCCGGCCCCGACACGCACCGUCUCUCCUGUCGCCCGGACGACUACUGCUUCACCGACAGGAUCUGCAGUCUCAGCCUCCACGUCCGUUUCCACCCCAAGUUCGACAAGCUCCACGCAGAGCCGACCUGGUGGGACUACCAAGCGGCUGCUACCGGGAAUCGACGCAUGCGUCGUUGACAAUCUCCCCUGCUACUCGCAUAUCUGGGACAACCCCAAGGGUGGACGCUGCACCGUUCUACGUCGCCUCGACACCGACUUUGUCAACGGCACCGCUCUGUUGACAGCGCUCGGUGUGGGACCGACGAGAAUCCCUGAGUUUCUCAAUGCGCCCUCGAUCACGCUGGCAUCGCACCGUACUGUGCCGCUGAUCUCCCCGCAGGGGAUGCACCAUGCGCCCGGUGUGCCGGGUGUGUGGAUUCCGCUUGUCGAGGCCCGCGCCCUUGCGGCCAAGCUCGGUUUGCAGGAGGCGACCCUGCUCGCCAACAUCCUGCGUGAAGAUCUGUUCCAGCUCUUCAAGCAGCUGGCAGGCAUAUCGCUGCGCCACACUUCGUCGACCGAGAGCUUCGGCAUGCCGUUUGUCACCCAGCCCCACGGUCAACGUGGCAAGCCACAGCCUCGUCCACCACACGCACAGUCGCAACCCGCCCGGCCUGGCGUCCAAGCCAGCGCCAAGCCACCUCUCGUCCGCCAGCCGACUCAACAGCCGGAUGGAUGCCCGCAGCCCAAGCGCCGCCGCUCAACAGUCGUUGUCUCAGGCGCAACGGGUCCGCAGGUGAUGCAGCAGGCUGCUGCUCCGCAAGCGCAGCAGAUCAAAGCUCAAGGCCCAGCACAAGCGCAACCUCCGAAACCAGCUCAGCCUUCUGUACCUUCCUCGGCCGCCGGUACCCCUGCGCGAAAGGCAUCAGCGCAGACGCCCAAGGCCACCCCCACUCUCCCCCAUCCGCCCAUGACCCGAGCCCAGCAAGCCAAGAUAGCGCCCGCGCCGCUGGCGCGCCGCACUCGCGCUGCUCUUUCGGGAACCAAGUAG